AUGAAGGGGAACAAGGCUGGCUCGACGUUGGUGGAGAAGAAGAAGGGAUCUUCAACCUCGUCUUAUGCUUCCAUAUCUUCGAGCCCGCAGGCCAAGAAGAGGCACGCACCUUCUCCCAACCGCAACAGCCCUGCUGCCAAGGAGAAGUUCACCGUCGGUUCACCUCCGCCCAAGAAGAGGAAACUCGACAAGUUGCACGUGGUGCAGAGGCUGGGCAGCAAGAGCCUGAAGAGGUACCAACGCUACUACAAGCUGAAGCCGAAGCACGACAUCACGGUGUUGCCAGAGAUCGCGAGCCACUUCGAUGGACUCCACGUGGACGAGAAGGAGGUCAUCACCCGCUUUCUCCAGACCCUCAAGCAACUCAACCGCGAGAAGAGAAGGGUAAGCAGGCAGUCUCUCGAAGUGAAGGUCGAACAGCGCAAGUGCUCGUCAAAGCACGAAGGUAGGUGCUGA